CUUCAACCCGGAAGAUGAAGUUCGACGAGUGCCAACCUCCGCUCUGCGCCGAAGUCCUCGCGGGCGUCGCCGAGAUGGGCUUCACGGACAUGACGCCUGUCCAGGCCGCGACGAUCCCGCUCUUCCUCACCAACAAGGAUGUGGCCGUGGACGCGAGCACGGGCAGCGGCAAGACGCUCUCGUUCGUGCUGCCCAUCGUCGAGAUGCUGCGUCGCCGGUCGCAAGCCACGACGGACGACGACGCGGCCAACAUCGCCACAAAGAAGCAGGUGACGCAGCUCAUGGCGAUGAUCCUUUCGCCGACGCGCGAGCUGGCGCGCCAGAUUUACGACUGCGCGUGCUUCUUCUUCUCGCGGGCGCUGCCGAGCGUGCAGGUCAUUCUCUUUGUCGGCGGCACGAGCGUCGACGAAGACAUGGCCUCGAUCCGCGCCGCGAAGGGUCGCAUGAGUGUCAUCGUGGGCACGCCCGGCCGCAUUGACGACAUCCUCAACCGCGUCUCGACCAUGGGCAUCCUCGAAACCAAGGAGUUUGAAGCGCUCAUCCUUGACGAAGCCGAUACGCUGCUUGACAUGGGCUUUGAAAUGAGCAUCACUGCGAUUCUCGGUCGCUUGCCCAAGCAGCGCCGGACAGGUCUCUUCUCGGCGACGCAGACGCAGGAGGUCAAGGCGCUCGCGCGCGCCGGUCUUCGCAACCCCGCGACCGUCUCCGUGCAGCUGGCCGUCGACCAGAAGACGCCGACGACGCUCACCAACUGGUACGCCGAGGUCGAGUACGACGCCAAGCUUGCGGCGCUCAUCCAAUUCGUCGCGGCGCGCCCGAAUGAGAAGUGCAUUGUGUUUCUAUCCACGUGCGCGAGCGUCGACUUUUUCGGCAAGGUGCUCGAGAUGCUCCUGCCCGAGAUCGCCGUCGUGAGCCUCCACGGCAAGAUGGUGCCCAAGAAGCGCAUCGCCUUCUACGAGGCCUUUGUCAACCAAAGCGCGGGCCUCCUCGUCUGCACGGACGUCGUCGCGCGUGGUAUCGAUCUCCCGGACGUCGACUGGAUCGUGCAGUUUGAUCCGCCGCAGGACCCCAACUUUUUCGUGCAUCGCGUCGGUCGCACGGCCCGCGCGGGUCGCAACGGGUCGGCGCUCACCUUCCUCUCGGCCAACGAAGACGCCUAUGUCAACUUUUUGCGAAUUCGCAAGGUCCCGGUCGCCAAGAUGGACGACCUGAUCGUCGACGACGCGAAGCGUCUCGAUGUCCUCGAGAAGGUCAAGGCCUUCCAGAUGACGGACCGCGACGUGCUGGAGAAGGGCACGAAGGCCUUCAUCUCGUUCCUGCGCUCGUACAAGGAGCACCAGUGCCAGUUCAUCUUCCGCUUCCGCGACUUGGACUUGGCGCGCGUCGCGGUCGGCUUUUGCCUCUUCCAGCUGCCGAAAAUCAACGAGCUCCGCGCGCUCGAGUCGAUUCAGUUUGAGCCCGCCGGUGUCAAGGUCGUCGACAUUCCGUACAAGGACAAGGCGCGCGAGAAGCAGCGCCAGGCCAAGCUCGUCGCGAUCGCGGCCGAGCACAAGGCGGAGAAGCUCCAGAACUUCGAGAAGAAGCAAGAGAAGAAGCGCAAGGAGCUCGAAGCCAAGACGGACGGGCCGCGUCGCCGAGAGAAGAAGAAGGGCGCGCACCAGCAGAUCGUCGAAGAGUGGGACGAGCUCGACCGCGAAGAGCGCUUGUAUAAGAAGUUCAAGCGCGGGAAAAUCUCCAAAGCCGAGUACGAAGACGCGCUGACCAACACGGUCGCGUCCGACUCGGAGGCCGGCAGCGACGACGAAAACGACGGCGACGAUGGUCCGAAGAAGAAGAAGGCUAAAGUCGACAAGCGCUUCGAGAAGAAGGAACAGAUCAAGCGCAAGACAAGCGAACAAAAGGAAGAGGCCAAGAAGCGCGAAGCACGUAUCCGCACGCGCAAGAAGCAGGAGCACGUCAAGCGCGCGCAGGCCAAGGCCAACAUCCGGAGACGCUAAACUAUCUCGCCUCGUUUUACUUAACCAAAAUACACUCGGUACAUAGAAUUAUGCCAUGC